UUUAUUUCAUCGCAUAUUUGCAUCCUGACCCUUUCUCAACAAACUUGAUAAAAAGUCUCACUUUCUCUCUCCUUACAAACUAUUAAAAUGGCACCAAAAGCGGAGAAGAAACCCGCAGAGAAGAAGCCCGCCGCCGAAAAAGCACCGGCCGAGAAAAAGCCAAAAGCCGGCAAGAAGCUUCCGAAAGAAGGCGGAGCCGCUGCCGGAGACAAGAAGAAGAAAAGAACAAAGAAGAGCGUUGAAACCUACAAGAUUUACAUCUUUAAGGUUUUGAAACAAGUUCAUCCUGAUAUCGGAAUCUCCAGCAAAGCCAUGAGCAUCAUGAACAGCUUCAUCAAUGACAUUUUUGAAAAGCUUGCACAAGAAUCUUCUAAACUUGCAAGGUACAAUAAGAAGCCGACCAUUACUUCUCGGGAGAUCCAGACUGCUGUGCGACUUGUUCUCCCCGGUGAAUUGGCUAAGCACGCUGUGUCUGAGGGUACCAAGGCUGUUACGAAGUUUACUAGUUCUUAGAUUUGUUGAUUUCGAUGGUUUAGGGUUUGUAAACAGUUUUAUGGAAAUUUGAUUAAAAAAUGGAGGAUUUUGUGUUACAUCGUUUCUAAUAUCCUGGAGGAUUUAUGUUUAGGUUUAUAGUUUGGUAGGUUUGUGGAAGGUUUUACAGUAAGAAUGAUCAAAAUAAUUUUCUUAAAUCGA